GAUGAGCUUGAUGACUUGAGUGUGAAGCAAGGCUAUACUCACAGACCUCAAAUUCAAGACGAGUAUGGCAGUGCACUCAACGUUACCUUGAAUUCAGCAAAGGUUGCUGAAAGUUUUAACAGCAUUCUGGAGAAGAAGGCUGAGCUCAAUCAGUUGCCAGACACUGGAAGGAAGAAGCAGCAGAUCAACAUCAAGGACAACUUCUGGCUGGUGACACCACGCUCCAAGUUUGCAUUAGAGGCUUGGUUCACAGACUUGGCUGGCUCAAAGCCCUUGACAUUUCUUGCUAAAAAGGUGCCAAUUUUUCCUAAGAGGGAAGAAAUGCUACUCACGCUCUGCGAGUAUGCAGUACCCACACAGCGUGCAAUUUGGUUCAUCAAAAUGACAUCUUUCUAUCAAGAGACCAAGGCGCUUGAGAUCAAAGCUAAGAAGAGACAACAGCUGGACUUGUCAUUAGACAUGACUGGGACUCUCACGAAAUUUUUGAGGGAACAGCUCUGCAAAAUCAUGGAAGCCUAUGGAGCCUCUCCAGCAUUAGGGAGCACCACGCCAGGAAGCUCAACCCCAGGUUCCAAUACCAACCCUCCAGGCUCCACACCCCCGGGGUCCACUACGCCCUCGUCCUCUCAGCCUCCUCACUCAUCCCCUCACCAAGGCAUUGGCAGCAGUGGAAGCAGCAACCCAUCUUGUGCUCAGCUCAGCCAUAAUCUGCGCAAUUGGAACUACAUUGUACAGAUAGCUCAUUUCAUGUAUCAGGACAACCUGUUGGACCGACAGGAGUACUUGGAGUGGGUGGUUGAGAGCAUCACGCGGUACCGCACCACUGAGCAGGACAGCGUGCUUAGAGUGGUCUUACCUUUAGGAUUACAAUAUCUCGACGAGAUAACUCAGUCUGAGUAUUUGUCUAGGAAACUCUCAUACUUUGCCGCUACUAAAUUACAACUCAUGUGCCAAGAAAAUGGCUAUAACCCUGUAUCUGGGGCUGCAAACUCCACGCCUCCUGCAAGCGACGCUGCGGGCGUCAGUGUCACGGCAGCCAUCAGUGCCCCGCCACAGCCUGGUGCCAUCAGCGGCUCUGCUGCCACCAACACAGGCAGCCUCAUCCACGCUCCUGCCACUCCGGGAAAAAUCACGUCGACUCAGGCAAAUCCAGGCAUCAAUUCGGCGCUGGCAGCAACAUUCCAGGAGCUACUUUCAUGCCACCAGCACCGCCCUAUCAUCCUCGCCCUGUGUGCGUUCGUCCAAGCCGUGUGCCUCGACUGCCCCACGGCGUUUGUCUGGAACUACGCAGGAGACCGGCGCAACUGGUGGCUCUCUGGGUCACCACUUGACCACUUGCCCUGUGCGCCGUCUCAACUGCCAAUGCCUCCGCGCUUAAACAAUCCCGCCGUCAGGAAUGAGCUCAGGCAAAUGGAAGAGCACUUGAAGCAACGCACUCGAGCUGCAGAGAACCGUUGGUCUAUGGACAAAUAUGGCAGGAAUAUAACUGGCUUCACGAUACACAGAGUCUUGUUGGCUUUGGAUGCUUUGGACCGACACGCUUUUGACAGAGUAGAAGCCCUCAGUUCUCUCGACACACUCUAUACUAAAAUUUUUACCCUCAGCAAAGAUAGCCAGAAUGAAUCUAAUGGGGCUGUUGCCGUAGGAAACUCGUCGAGCGGCUUGGGCAGUGGGUCUGGUGGCUCAGGUGGUGGUGGAGGAUGCACGUUGCUGUACCGUAACCACACACAUGCGACCGUCAACACGGGCAAGCUGAAAGGUGGCACGUGGCCGGAGUGCGGGGACGGCUGGGAGGACGCCGUCGUGACCACCAUCUGCGAGUGGGCGGUGACCAUGGAACGUUGUGGCGAGCACAGGGCCGUCGUCGCCGCUCGUCUCAUUGAGAAGCGCCAGACGUUCUUGCUCUCGCAAGCUGAGUCUAGUAGUGGCGGGGAGUCAGCCUCUUCUUCCUCGUACUAUCCUUUCCAAAAUCUACUACUCAAGUUUCUGGACGUCCAGGCGCCUGUGUACAGCGACUGCAAAGGUUCAAAUCGGUCUCGGGAGUUUGGCAAUCUUGUGUUAUUGUUUUCUGAGCUCAUCCGACACGACGUAUUCAGUCACGACGGCUACAUGUGCACACUUAUUUCACGUGGCGAUCUCGCUGACCCACCGGCGCUGCUGAACCCUCCUGCCCUCUCUUCUACUUAUCCAGACGCUGCUGAAGAGAAAAGAGAUACAAUGGAUGACGACCUCGAUAAAAUACUACAGAAUAUCACUACAAAAGAUGAAGAUGGUGGUCACGAUAUUUCUCCUCAUCACGAUUUGUCAGGGGGAUCGGCUAUGAUGGAGGACGGUCUCAACAGCGGCAGUGCUAGCCGAGCAAGAAGCCUUGCAGCGGACGGCGACUCACUCCGUAAAUCACCUCCCCGGCAUCUUAUUUACGCUCAACACUUCCCACUGCCUUCAGAUGACUCGUACGCGCACGAGACUAACCAGCGGUAUGUCCUGCUCUAUGGAGUUGGCAAGGCUCGGGAUGAAGCUAGACAUGCUGUUAAAAAACUUACUAAAGAAAUACAGAAAUUGUUCAGUAAGAAGUUCAGCAUUGAUAUAGCUGAAGGAGGCAAGGUAAAGAAAUCGAGUCGUGGAGAAUUCAGUUUCGAAAGUCUCCUUAGUCGCUUUACAAUGCUGUCCUACUUCGACCAGCACUGCAUCACCAGCAAUGUGGCGACCCAGGUGCUGGAGAUGCUGUGUGGCUGUGGCGCAGGUAACAGCAAUUACUUGCCGCUCCUAGACCACGUUGCUUUCCUCAUGGACCUCAUGGAGACGGGACUGAACAUACAUGGUUUGCUGCAGUUGUGCGUACAAAUCAUCAAAGAAAUUGUCGAAAUUGAGGCGGUGCUUACAGAACGCGCCUGCUUGAGCGGUACUUAUUGUCCUCAGUUGACUUUACUCGUCAUGGGCGUUUUGCGUAAGUACAGCAAAUGGCUUCUCGUGUCACAGGAUCAAACUUUACUAGUUUUUGAGAGACUUUUGCGUCUCGUCAAACAUGUCCCAAAUCCCAGUGAAUGCACUUCUGCAGAACGCAUUGUCUUCUCUUAUCUCCAUACUCUUUACAAUUCUUGUUGCUUCAUAAAAGCUAAACACAGCGAAAGCUUUGCUCCUCUCUUAACCCGCAUCCGCCUGGCGAUGAACUGCUCUCACGCAUCUGAUAGCAAACACAGGUACAACCCUCACAUCAUGGAGGACUACAUCAGCAACCCGAAGCUGCGAGUGGACAUUGCACUAGUGAAGCAGCAGCUUGCAGAGCCUGCUAACCGCUAUAGCUUUGCCUGCAGUGCGAUCAUGGCUGCAGUAAAAGCUACAUCCAACACACGGCUCAAUGACAUUGCUAUUAUGUGUGCUGAAAUGACUGCCUGUUGUACUGCUCUCAACUCGGAGUGGCUUGGCAUACUCAAUGUUCUGUGUUCGUCAGUGAGCAGUGCUAACAUUGCGAGUGGUGCCGUAGGUGUUGGUGGUGGAAACUCUCCAUACAGUGACGUAGUGGCCGAGGUCGACUUAAGAAACCCACGAACUGCCGCAGCCGCGCAUGCUUCUCUGUCUGUGUUCACUGCCGUUCUCAUAGCCAGGGACUGCUUUAGUUUCGAGGAACUACUCGACCGAGUUGUCGUUCACUCCCUUAAAGCAGCCUGGAACAACGGGAAAGGAAAUCCUGAAGUGGAGCCAGGUGCCCGACUGUCCUGUCACUUGCUGCUCAGAAUAUUCCAGAGUAUUGACUCGUCUCAGCCUGCACAGUAUUGCCCCGGUAGUCCGAGCAGCGGCAGUGGAGGCCCUGGCACUAUUCAAAGAAACGUACGUCUGAGCUGCGACAGACACCUCCUAGUUGCGGCUCAUCUCACCUUCAGAAUGGAGCCUGUGCUGGCGUUUCUAAAGGCCAUGUUGAUAGUGAGCGACGCGAUGAGCGGGCUGAGCAAGAACAGCAGCAGUAGCAUCUCCGAUAUUCUGGGCACUUCUUAUUCGGCAGCAUCCGAACCUGUGCCCGCCGGGUGCAGUGUUGAGAAAGCCCCGCUCUCCGACUUCGCUCGGUACGCACUACACCAAAUCUGUAGCCAGGAUUGGGUUCGUGAGAUUUGUCUCAAGUGUCCUGAAAAAUUGUGCAACAGUGACAACCUCCUCGAUAACAUCCUCACUCCAUCGCAGGCACAACGAGUUCUGCAUCACAUCUGCCACCCAGACUCACCAAACCACAACACCAGCUCCACUGACCAGGCUACCGUCAUCACCAGCAUUCUGAGCGACCUCGACGAGUGGCGGCUCAGGAUAUCUUGGCUGGACCUGCACCUCAUGUACGAACAGCUGCGCUCCACGCCCCCCGAGCUAAACCAAUGGCUCGAUAACGUUUCUCACGUCGCCCUCCAGAUGUUCUGUCAGGAUGUCCCGCCAACCACCAUGAAGCAGUUCAGUGCGUGCAAAGCGAGGCGACGAAAGCUGAGUUCUUUGAGCCUCGUAGCUCCACUCAUCUCGCGGCUCCCUCGCAUGGUGCAGAGCCGCGUUCUCAAGGCAUGUGGUGAAGUGCUCAACUCCGUCAAUUUCGCUGCGUACAGCAGUCAUAAUGUGCCUGUUAUACCUCAGCCUGGCAGUCUGCCUGGUGUUGGCAGUGGCGUUGGCAGUUCCAGUAGCUCCCUUUCUGGUCUCGGCGGACAAGGAAGUUCCCAGUCCCAUAACUCUGGAGGCGUUGGGAACGGGUGCGCGGGAGGUGUUGGCGGUGGCAGCGGCGGCGGCAGACAUGCACAAAUUCCUGUACAAAACCAGCGGCCAUUCCUGCGUCUGAUGCUCAUGUGCCUCGAGGCUGCACAGGACGACACGCUCAGCGACCUUCUGGAGAACCUGCGCAUGCAGCUCAUGCAGCCCGUCGUAAUCUAUAGAGAACUGGGCCGAAACCGCUGCGAAGUAGAUCCUCAGAAGCGACGCCUCAUGCUGGAGGCUUUGCGUCUGCGCUUUGGUCUCAUUGGUGGCUUGUUUGACGUGAUCCUGGCGUGCUGCUCUAACGUCAUCAUCACAGAGUGGGCCAUUCAACUGGUGCAGCUUGUGGUCGCCGGGGUCAUAGACCUCACCAACAACAGUGAGCUGUUCACGACGGUGUUGGACAUGCUGGCAGCGCUGAUCCACGCAACGCUCGUGUCAGACCCUGGCACCGACACGAGAGAGGAGAACAAGCGCCAGUACUACAACCUCGUCAAGAAAAUUAAAAAGGAGGUGGGCGAGUUGAACAACGUGUCGAUGAGGCUGGUGCGGCAGCUCAUUCCCAUUCCCAAGGCACAGAUGGAAGUGGUGGUCAUGGAACCCUGGGGCUCCAUCACUGACAACAAAGGCAACCGCCACCAGGACUUCGAUAAGGAUAAGAAACACGGAGUGCAGGGAGCGGACAAGCAGAAGCUGAACCCAUGGGAUCUGCUGGAGGGUCACCGUAGCCCGGCUCCGCUGAGCUGGGCCUGGCUGGCGGCGACACGCCUCACUCGCAAGACACUCAAGUACCACGACACGCACCAGCUGCUGCGCUUCCACACGCACACGCAGCAGAAGCCUUUCUCUUACUUCCUGGAGCCGCCUCCUCUGCCGCCGGAGGACUUGGAGCCCGUGCCUGAGAAGCAGGUAAUCUUGUCUCAACUGCCAGGCCUGCUGAAGGAGGAAGUGAAGGCUCCUGACACGCCCACGUCUGAUCACAGUCCUCGCCCUAACACCAAGCAAGGUCGUGGCGGUGUUGGCGCUGCCGGCAAGAACUCCAGCAGCAGGAAGAGGAAACCACGAGCUCCUCCCGCGAUGCCUGCCAUGAACCAAGUCGCUGCCAUGCCGAUGAACUUCCAGCAGGCAAAUUACGGGAAUGUGGGCGGUGGGCCGGUGGGCGGAGGCAUGUCGCAAGUGUCGCAGUGGACUGGCAACUACGCCCAGCCUCAGCCCCAGCAACCUCAGCCUCCUCAGCAGCAGCCCCAACCUUACUACCAGCAGCUCCCCCCAGGUGGAGGCUCGCGGUAUCCUGUCUACUCUCAGAACCGCAACGCCAUCCGCCAGGCUCUGCUGGAGCGUCAGCAUAACGGCAUGUCGGGCGCCAUGGUGGGCGCUGGGCAGAACCCUCAGCAGCAGCAGCCUCCACCUUUCGCCACCAUGGGGGCCAUGAUGAACCCCCACCAAAGUGGUCCAAUGAUCAGGCAACAAUUGAGAGGAGCAAUAGCGGCCAGGCCUCAGCCAGGAGGCUUGUAUCCUAACAACCCAGCGGCCGCGGCAGCCAUGCAGGGAGCUUUGGUGGCGCGCCAGAACAUGCCAGGCCAGCCUGGUGGGAUGUACAACCCAGGUGCUGGAGGUCCUGGUGGCCAGGGAGUGAACAGCUCGCCUGCUGCUGCCAUGGCUGCUCAGUACGGCGGAUAUCAACAAGGCGGGCCAAUGAUGAACAGUGCCGGGGCUGCAGGCGCCUCGAUGAUGAGCCACAGCUACCAGCAAGGCGGGUAUCAAGGACCCGGCAUGAUGGGCAUGAGGACUCCUCAGCAGCCUGGGUACAUGAGCCAGAGGCCGCAGUACAUGCAGACGACCUCAGGAGCUGGCACCAUGGGCAUGAUGAGUGGAGGUCAGGCCUACGCCAGACCCGGCAUGUCCGGCAUGGCGGGAGGUGGCGGUGGCGGUGGCAUGUCGGGAGGCACCUUAGGUCCAGGAGGGGCCAUGGUAGGAGGUGGCGGUGGCAUGGGUGGAGGUGGUGGUGGCAUGGGUGCAGGUGGUGGAAUGGGUGGAGGUGCUGGAGGCCCUGACGGCAGUAUGAUGCACCAUCGCAUGAUGUUGGGGGCCGUCACCACCACGAGCAAUGCCAACCAGCAGUCGCAGCUGCUCUCUCAUAUGCAGCGACCCAUGCAGCAACCACAGCAGCAACAGCAACAACCUGUGGUACAACAACAGCAGCAACAACAGGCACCUGUCUCGGCGAACGCCCAACAGCAGCAAAGUCAACAAACGCAGCGACAGACCAUGAUGGGCCAAGGGAGAGGGUACCCUCAACCUCCGUACUAAAUCUCCAAGAAAAUUAUUAUGACACUUCAGUUUAAGUGGCGAAAUUUCGCGCCACUGUGUCGUUUAUGUUGCUCUAGUUGUAACUAUAUUUCUGCAUAUUAUAUGCAUUGUUUAAAUGUUGUUUUUUCGACACUGGGUCUGAAGAAGAUUAUGAAAAUCUAUCACUAUUACUGUGAUAAGUAGAGGGAACAAUUCAAGCAUCUCUUAGUUUAAACACAUUUCCUAUUUUCCUGAUAACAAUUAAUGAUAUCGCCUAGCUUUUCCUGAAAAGGCUUUUUCCUCGUGAAAAGCUGAGCAUUCCAUCGUGGAAUUUUAUACCAAGUGAUUGCUGAAGCUGAUACUCUAUGUCUAUGUCAUCCACGUACUCUGAAUCACGAAUAAUGAACUUAUAAUUGUUUGAUAAAAUUUGUCCAUGCGCUACAUUUUUAUAUUAGGUUUAGUUGACUGAAAUUUUUCCUGAAAUGUAAGACUAACGAAUUCGCCCAUGAGCUAAUAUUUGCUUUAUUACUAUUGAAAUGAGUUCCUCGUAGCUAAAUGAACUGGUGGCCCCUUGGUUGCUAUUUGCUGUAUUUAAUCGUCAAAUUUGCAAUUAAAUUUUAGUAAUGAAUAGUCCAUUUAAUUCGUGUCGACUUAUUUCCAUGGGACUAUCCUUGUCACUGUCGAGAACCACCUCUUCAUGUAUGAUUUUCCUAACCAAUAUUUAUUUGUACAUGGUACGGUAUUUAUAAGUUAAUUAAGUUAAUAAUUCAUACCUUAAUAUUUAUUGAUUUACUUUACGGCAAAUGCCAAGGUGUUGUUUGCCUUUCACAAGAUAUUUGGCUGGUUGAUGGUGGGAAGGCGGAUCAUUUGUUCCCAAAUUUCUCUUGAUGAUAUAGUGAAAAUCUACGGAGAUUUUAUUCUUGACUGGAAUAUACAGAUAAUAGCGGUUUCAGCGUCCAUUAGGCCGCAGGCCUUUCGCUGAUUCUUAACAUUGCAGAACAC